CGCGAACAGUUCGCUUUCGUGGGAGCGCCCAAUCGAAAAGUGCGGAUUUUGAAGGACGGACCACGGAUCGACGGAUUGCCCUUCUAGGCUUUUGGCUUCUUUGGUGUUAAAGACUUUUCUGAUCCACGCCUGGAUGUAUGUAGUUGUUGGUGCUUGGUGAUUUUUCUUCUUCUUGUGGAUGAAUGUGUCUUUGGAAUCUUUGGAGUUUAUUUUUCUUGGCUCCUGACUUGGAAGAGCGCAGGGGCUGUCGUGAGUCGAGAUUUUUGAGUGCGAUUCAAGGGAUCCCGAGUGCCAUUUUGAUAAGAGGUUGCUAGAUCUAAGGGAUUCCCAGGUCUGGUUUGGAGGAGUGAACUUGGUUAUUUUAUGCUUUCACGCGCAGGCAAACGUGUCCCGGGUGUGAUAUCGCUGAAAGUCGUCUUCGGAGGCCUAAUUGUAGAGCACCGGGUUUUGAACUUUCCCGCCGGGAAGGUUUCUUGGAGCUUGAUAGGGGUCUGUUUGUUGUUUUGGGGUUGGAGUUGAGUGGUCAACAACACUACGGUAGCGCUCAGCCUUUGGAGAUGUUGUGUGAUGUUGUUGGUGUUUUUCCUUAAGAAAAUAAGUGAAUUUGGGUCUGUUUUCCAACCCUGACCGGUUGAUUUUGCGGAUUGAAACCUCCACCCACAAACGGAAAGGUCUCAUCGAGUUUGAAACCUUUUUUCGGCCCAGGAUUGGAGCCACGAUAUGAUUUUCCACUUGAGUGAUAAUGGAAAAGUGCGUAAUCAUGUAUUGAAACCGAGAAGUGAAUCAAGCGAUAAAGAGUGAUUUCUCGACAAAGAAACCAAGUUGAGUGAUGAAAAACGACCGAAUCAAAAAAUUGCUCUGUCUUUUAUCGAGUGAAAUUGUUUGGUGUUUUUCGCGAAAAGCUCGUCAAGUUUCCCGUUCUUCGAAAUUGAAUUGGUGACUUGCAAGUUUUCCUGAAGCAGUGACAAAAUCCAGUCUAUUGGAAAACUUUUCAUCCUCGGAAAGAAGAAAAAAUUUCCUUCGAUCGAAACAUACAAUCUACAAUAAAGGCGGAUUUUAUUACUCAGAAAAACGGCCGUCUGGAAAGUUAUUCGUGAGGGCAUAUUUUUAUGAUCGUAUGUCACUGUGGAAAUGGUGCGCCGGAAAUAGCCAAAGAAAUUAUUGGUCCAGCCAGUUUAACACUUCACCCACAUGGCGCCGCGGCCAAAUGAAAUCGCCGUCUAUCAGCGGAGGAGGAGCAUUCAUCACUAAUUCAAGACCGCCCAGUGGAUAAUCGAUUCGAUUGAAUGUAACCGCGCUCUCGACUUACUACUCGGAAUUGGAUUACUUACUCGUGAAUAUAUGAAUCGAGGUUGUGAUGUGAACAAUUUUCUUCGGAGGACCAACAACAAGAACCAAAAGUGUCAACGACGACGACGACGACGACGACGGGGAAGAAAUGGCGGCAACUCCAUUGAAGUUUGUCGAGUACAUGAACGUCAGCUCCCUGGGUGUGAUGAGCUUUUUGAAUGCUGCUGCCGGGAAAAGUGUUGGUCAUGGGCUGGGAAUGGGAACGGGAAACGGAAGUGAGGUUCCUGGGCCGGGUCUUGGCAUAGGAGGAUCCGGUGGCAUGGUUUCUUCGGCUUUGGCGAACAACAGCGGAAGCAGCUUAUCGGGUGGCUACAGUAACGCUGCUGCCGUUAUCAUCAACAAUGAGAGCGCACAGCUGCUGAAUUCUUCGAUUUUCGGCGGAAUCAAUGGCACCGGCACCGGAUAUGGAAGCAGCAGCGGGAGUGGGAUGGGAAUGGGAAUGGGAAUUGGGCCUUCGGUUUUGGGGGGCACCGAACUAAGUUAUGCCGGAACAAAUCUCAGCCUGCCGUUCAACAACUAUGUGCACAAGGAAUUUAUCUUUGAUCGGACCGAUGUGAGAGUGAUUUUCAUAACGUUGUACUCGUUGGUGUUUUGCUGCUGCUUUUUCGGAAAUUUGCUGGUGAUACUGGUUGUGACACUUUCGCGGAGGCUGCGUUCCAUCACCAACUUUUUCCUGGCCAAUUUGGCCGUCGCCGAUCUUUGUGUGGGGGUGUUUUGCGUGAUGCAGAACCUCACCAUCUAUCUGAUAGAAAGCUGGGUGUUUGGAGAUUUCCUGUGCAAGAUGUACCAAUUCGUGCAUUCGCUCAGCUACACGGCAUCGAUUUUCAUCCUGGUGGUGAUCUGCAUGGAGCGGUACUUUGCCAUCAUCCAUCCCAUUACGUGUAAGCAAAUAUUGACGUCCCGGAAGCUGCGGCUUGUAAUCGUGGCGGUUUGGAUAACGUCGGCCGUCUACUCGGUGCCUAAGUUCAUCUUCGUCCGAACGAUCACAAACGACCUGGGCGAUGAUCAGGUGGAAACUAUCUGCAUCAUCGACCGGAAGGCAUUCAACUCGGAGCUGUUCGAUAUCAUCAACUUUGCCUUACUGUAUCUGUUGCCGCUGCUGAUGAUGACCUUCCUGUACAGUCGGAUAGCGAUAGCUCUGUGGAAAAGUUCCCGAGGGCUGGAGCGGCACAUCGCCCUCCAGAAUACGACCUCUUCGUCCAAUUAUUCCAACAACUAUCACCGGAAGCCGAGCUGCAAGUACGAAAAGCGGGCUGUCGGAGUUAGCGAAAGUCAGGUAUCGGUGGAAUCCGACAAGGUGGUGGUAACGACGUGGCGAUCGCAAAACAGCUUCCACCAGCGUCACGGAACGCAACUAACGCAGGUGUCACAUUCGUCCAACAAUGUGCUGAGGGCUCGACGGGGGGUUAUCCGGAUGCUGAUUGUGGUGGUGCUGACGUUUGCCCUCUGCAAUCUGCCGUUCCAUGCCCGGAAGAUGUGGCAGUAUUGGUCAACCGACUACAAGGGCGACUCCAACUUCAACGCCCUUUUCACCCCGCUGACCUUCCUGGUGACCUACUUCAACUCGGGCGUCAACCCGCUGCUGUACGCCUUCCUGAGCCGGAACUUCCGGAAGGGCAUGCGUGAACUGUUGCUCUGUUCCUUCAAGAAGAACAAAAACAAAUCCCUCACUCAACGACUCCCACUACAUGAUUUCCCCAAUGAUGCUACGACCUGAUCUCGUGCGGCCGGUGCUGCUCCGGCCUCUGGAACGCGUGGGUGGAUGCAUGGCAGGGUGCUUCCGGUCCCGGUCAGCCGAUCCACUCGACCGACAGCAGCCUCCUCAGCAAUCAGAAGCCGAGACAUUCUCUCAAACUCGAUCACCUCCAACACGAACACAAACACCGACAUCGAUCUUUUCGAACAGCCGGAACAGCAGCAGCCGAGCGAAUCACCGAGCAUUCCGACGAUGACGACGACGACGACAAUGACGACAACUUUGAUAGCAGCGUCGGUUCCCGAAGAGAUGCCGUCAAUGGAUCUACGAGGAAGAAGCCUCGAAGACAGCAACAGCAACUCUUCGAAGACUCCUUUGUCGAUCAGCCGAUCAUUAUCGAAGCCGUCCUCUCGAAUGGCCUCGAUGAUGGCGAAAGCCAGCAGCCGGUUUCGACGGCGGAUUCCGAUGGCUUUCGUUCGGAAGAAUCCCAACACCAAGCGAGAUUGUCCAAGGGAUCGUCUUAGUGAGGUUGAUCACGACGACGACGACGACGAUGAAGAUGAGGACGAUGACGAAACAACGACCUUCACCAACACCUGUGAUGAGUUCGCUUCGACGGCUACGGCUGUCACUUUUGCUCCUUCGACGGUUUAUUUUGUCGAAGGAGAUGAGGCGGAUCAUCCAUUGUAAGGUGCUCUGUUGAUUCAUGCUAUACGUAACGUUCUAUCACAAGCUGGAACUUGAACUCAAUUAUCAAACGAACUUAAUAUGAUGGGUGAUUGAUUAUUUUUAGUGAUUCUAACAAUCGGAGCCAAAACAAAAAACUAACUUUAACAUAAGAAAAAAAUCUACCUAUUAUUUAUUUCAGCACAAUAAGCACAGAGAACAGACGUACGAGCUAGCCCCGAAACAUGUGUAAAAUUGCCAACGAUCGUUUUGAAUCAAUUUUUGUUUUUUGGAUGGGCCACCAGAUGUCUCCGAAAACACCAAAGCAAACUGUCAAAACCAAACUGAGGAAUUUUUUUUUCAGUUUUGAACAAGUCGUAUGAACUGUUUGGCAUGUUUUAAGAAAAUUGCUGUAUAAGUUCCAUAACACUUUCGUUCAGUUGCAUAAAGGAAAAAUAUGUUAAAAAUCAAUCAAUAUUUCCUUCAAGCUAGAAGUGCUAAAUUUUGGACAAUGGGAUGCAAAAGUGAUACUUGAGAGUAACCCGCAUAAAACCCGUUCUGUUGGGUAAGACUGGUCCUCAGGAAUGUUCCAAAUUGACUGGAUACAUACAAUUCGUCCUUUGACGAUAACCGUUCUACAAGGGAAAAAUUUAAUUGAAAAACUGUUGUUUAUUUUAACUGCUUUAGUAGUGCAUAAAUAAAGGAAUGAAUAAAAGUAUAUCACCAGUACUUUUUGUACGAUCUUUACUUAUUGACGUUUUUCGGUGAGUGAAACAUUUUCUUUUAAAUCUUUAAAUGUACGUAACGUUUCAGGCUACUCUGGGGGACAUCUGAUGAUGGGUGAAGAAAAGUUACUCGAAACGUUACGUAAAUAUAAAACAGUUCUUUCACUCACCGGAAAUAGUCAACAAGUAAAAACUGUAUAAAAUAAAGGAAGCGAAAUUCUGUCCAUUCAAAAGUAAAAUCCAGCAAUAAAUUCAUAUGAGAUUACGCCUUCUCGAAAACUGGGCGAAAAUUUGAUUUGUAACUUUUGAACGGCGUAAUAGAUGCCACUGUUUCCAGUAAGUUUUCAACGUAUUUUUUUAAUUCCCAGCAUUUGAAAUUCGACACACUUUCAUAAACAGUUUUUUGUUCGAGCUUGUGCGUCUGUUCUCUGUGCUAUAAGAUUUCUACCAACAGCAACAUUAAGCUAUUUUAUUCUUAACAAAUUUAAAUGAAUAUUUCUUGUAGCAUCAACCACUUGAAACGUCUUGUCGCGAUCAGUCAAGUUCUUUGAAAAAACUUGUGUAGCAAUUAGUAAAAUUUAUGUUCGAAAGCUUUCAAUAUUCUGACUACGAGUCAGUUUUUUUCGGCAAUUUUGCAUUUCACAGCUCAUUUUCAUUUUCGAUUAGUUGAUUAACUCUUCCACAAUGUUUGCACGUGAUGGAUCUUAAAUUAUUGUUUGAAGAUAUCAGACAUUAUGGUUAUUUGAAGUCAAUAUAACGAAAUUUAUACAGUUAUUUUUUUUUUUGCCUAUUUGUAAUAAUAUGCGUUUUCUGAGAAGGCAUAUGAAAAAAAAAAUUAUAUUGGCCCCUCGUUGUAAAUUGCCCCGAUGGCUUAAUCCGGCCUUAGUUUUCACCAAUUUUAUGUAGAGCCCCACCGUUUUAGUUAAGAUAAAAAAAUUAUGUUUAUCAUUUGGUGGUGUUUAAACUUGGUUCAGUAAAUUUUAUUAAAUUUUCCAAACAUUUUUAAGUUGAGUUAAAAUUUUAUUGAUUUUUUACAGUACCCCCUUUUGCGAAUUUUAAGGGGACUUUAAAUAUAAUAGAAUAUAACAAUGAAUAGUUAAUGUCCACAUUUGCUUGAGCACCAAAUUGGACAAAAAUCGCUUGAAAAUGAUUCAAUGGUUUAAACUUCAUAUUGAUUUUAUUUACAUGGAAACUCCUAAUUUUAAAGGCGAGAGAGGUUCAGUUAAAUAAAUUAUCAUGUUUUGUCAGAACUUUCAUAGAUCUCAGUUUUAAUUAAUAUAACUUUAAAAUUGCUCAAGGCCUGAAAAAUUGUAUAUUGCCUUUGUAUGGGAUCUCCCGGUUUAAUGAAAAAGAAGGUCAGGUUUUUUGUACAAACACAUAAUUACUUGCGAGGCGAUAAUGUUAAGUACACAUUUAGUUCCGGAAGAAGUUUUGAACAACUUAAAAGUUUAAAAAGUAGUUUUUCCGAUUUUUUGUACUGCACGUAAAAGCAGGCGUUCUGCAUAACAUUGAUCAGCAUUUCGGGCUUUAGGGCGACUAUUUCAGCUCGUAUAUUCACCAUUUAAAUGAAAUUUUAAGAAAUUUCUUUGCCCAGCAAACAUAAAAUUGCAUUAGAAAUGAUCGGUCAAAUCGUUAACAAUGUAAAUGGGAAUCAAAUUUCCAACCAAACAAGCAAACGUUGGUAAAAAUAGUUACUUAAAGUCGAUAUAAAUCGGAUAUGAUAUACAGUCCACCAUGUUUGAAGAUUUCGGUAGUGAAUAUUGAAUAGGGCGAAUGCGCCAAAUGUUAACAAACGAAGUUAUCAGCUGGUUGUUAAAAUACGUUCGAAGACCUACAUUUUGAGUGUACAACAGAGUGUCCAUUUCCCGGCCGUUUUCCCAUUCCCGGGAAUCGGGAAAUCUGAGGGCCUGUUUCCCGGGAAUUCCCGGGAUCCCGGGAAAUUUUCAAAAACAUGUAAAAUAUAUGCACUUCGAUUCAAAACUGUAGUGCAUACAAGCCCAUAAUUCGUUCAAAUGUACGCUUCAUUAUGUUUUUCAACUUAUUUUUAAUCAAAUAACUCAAACUGUUAUCAACAAUGAUAAAUUGAAAACAGUUAAACGAACUAUAAAAUAGCCUGAAUAAGUCAAAUGAAGAAUUCAUUCAUGCAAUUAGGAGUUAUUUAAAAAAAAUAUUUUUUUAUUUGUAUGAUUUAUAUUUGCUUUUUAAAUGAAGAAGACAAUGUGUUCUUCCUUUUUAAGUUUUGAAAUUCGUCUGGCUUUCAAAGCCAGAGGAAAACAAGUGCUUAAAUGUUACUUUCGAGAAAACACAAUCUGCCUACCUGCUGCGCGAUUUUUCAUAUAUGUAUUUUUCGAAGUUUUGUUGGUUUUCGUUCAAUGAAAAUGGUGUGAAAAUACAUAUUAUUUUUUUAAAUUAUCUAUUUGAAAAAAAAAAUGCACCAAAUGGUUCCAAAAUGUCUACUGCUACAGGAAUCGGCAUAUUCUCAAUGAGUUUUGUAUGACUACAUUUUCAAAAGAUCAAAAAGAAUAGUUCCGAAGGCUAUCAGGCUUUUCCAGAGAAAUAAUUUUAUACAUGUCGGGAAUUCCCGGGAAUGAAACUAUGAUUCCCGGGAAUCGGGAAUUCCCGAAUUUUUCAAAUUCCCGGGAAUUCCCGACCGGGAAAUCCCGGGACGGACACUCUAUGUACAACGUUAACCGAAGACUGUUUCGUUUUCGAGAAAUAAAAAAAAAAAAAACAAAAUAAAAUUUUUGCUGGGAGCUUAUGGAGAUGUCAAACUUUGAACGCGUGUUUCUCGAAACCGUGAUGUUGGCGCAUUCGCCGUAUUCAAAAUUCGAUACCGAUUUGUUCUCCAGCGCAGGAUUCAAGUGAGAAAACAACCAUUUUCUACUCUCUGCGAUAAGCAGUGCAGAUUGCUGAAAAUCGAAUGGUGCAUUUUGAAAAGUUGUCCAAUGAGAGAAGUAGCAAAUAUUGCCGCUGGCAACGGUUUGCAUGCAUUGAGAGCAAAACUUGUGCUCUCUCGCAUACUUUCAGGCAAGGCUGCUAAAUAUCAGUCAAUUUCGUUUGAUCCUGACUAAAUGGCAUUCAGUGGGUAAAUGAUCUUGAGCGGAACUAAAUGGCUCAAUUCGACGCAACUCGGGACAGUUGAUCAAGCGGUAUGGAUAUGGGUUACAUAUAUCCGAACGAAUGUUUUUUUCAGCUCAACGGAUAGACCUUGGUUUCUGCUUUCUAAUGAUGAUUUUGAGAAUAUUUUAGAGUUAAUCCUAAUAACUUUAAAGCUGUUUUACUGAAGUAAGAAUUCUAAUCUUGAGCGAAACUAAAAUAUUAUCUUGAGCGGAACCAUUUUGUACUGUCAACAUCUUUAAUAGCUCUCAUUCCUAAUCUUAAUGUAAUUGUGAAAAGUUUGAUAAAAUUUCAUCUUUGAAGAUUUUAAAGUUCAAAAAUUAAUGUUUUUACGUAAGAUGGUUGAUUUGUGAUUGGUGAAUGUAGUCUUAUUGUGGACGUUUCGGCUGUUUUUAAGUAAAUAAAAGAAACUUAGUGUUCCAAAACUGUUCUCAAAUAUCCGUUCAAAUUUAUUUCUUACUUAAAAAAAUACAAUUUUCACUUUGAUUCACUGUAUCUCAUUUUAAAAGAAUCGAUUCUCUAAAUUCAAAAUUUAGUUUUUUAUUAUCUCAACACUGAAAUUCGUUAGUAUUUUUGUUUGAUUAUUUGAAUGUGCGUAUUUAGGGUCAUAUUGAUUCGAACAACUUUUGGAGGUAACGACAAUGUCAGUAAUACCACAGAGAACAGACGUCCAAGCUCGAACAAAAAAUCUUCAGAAAAGUGUGUAAAAAUUUAAGAGCUAUCAUCAGAAAAAUACGUUAAAAAUUGACAGUAAGCAGUGCCAUCUGGUGCUUCGUUGAAAAUUUACAAAGCAACUUUUAAAGCGCUCAUUUUUCGAAACGGCUAAAUUGUAAUGAACUUAUGAAUAAAUUGAAUAUCUCAGUAAAACGGACGGCUUCAAUUUAUUGCUUGAUAAAAAUGCAAUAAGAUUAACUUUUGACUUGGCAAAAUUUUACUUUGUAUUUUAGUACAUUUUUGGCAGAGAAUAACUGACACCUUUUGGUUCAAGCUUUCGCACUUCUUGAACGGUUAUCGAAGUCAGAGGGAGCAUCGGCUAUGUCCAGUCAAAUAUAAACAUUCUCGACCAUCAUUCUCACCCAGCAGUACUGAUUCUAGACAUCUCAAGCGGGUUUCAUUCACGUAUCCAAUUGCAUGUCAUGGUUCAAAAUUUAGUACUUCUUGCAAGUUUGAAGAAAAUAUCGGAUAAAUUUUUGGAUUCACUUUAUAUCCAAUGUUACGAAACUCCAACAGCGAUUUUUCAAAAUAUGAAAAGAAGCUCAAACGGCCUGUUCAAAACUGGCUUUAAUAUAGUAAUUUUUUUCUCAGUUUUGUUUUAACAGUUCUCUUUGAUGUGUUUAGAGACAUCUGGUGUCCCAGCCAAAAAUCAAAAAUUGGUUUAAAAGGGGUUUGGAAUUUUUACACAAGUUUCAUGGGCUAGCUUGUACGUCUGUUCUCUGUGAUAAGAGAAGAAGAAGAUGCCUUAAAUUACAGAUUUAGCAGAAAAAAAACUGUACAUUGCUUAAAAUCAAUGAUUUUGAGAAAAAAAAUGGAUUUUUUGUGAUUUCUUAUUCCUUCAAUUCUUUAAAUUUUAUUGGAAACUCAUGAUAAAUUGAGUCUUUUAUAUUUUAGUUGGGCAAAAUCAGUUAACAUUGAAAAUAUUGUCAUACUGUUCUAAUUCAAAGUAAGAAACCUUAAUGUUACAUUGACAAAAAAAAAAAUACGGAAAUCCAUUCGAAAAUUGAAAAUUCUGUGAAAUCUGUAAAUAUUUCAAAGUUCUGUGUUUUGUGACACAGAUUUUGUGAUAAAAAUUUUCACCAAAUUAUGAAAAUUACAGAUUUUUCUACGAUUUCGGCAAGCUUGCUUUAAGCAACUCAUUCAUAGAAUAAAGUUUAUAAUAAAUUCCAGUUUCUUAUGAAUCACGAUAAAAUUGAUUUGUUUAAAAAAUUAUGCAAAUAUUAAGUAUUUUGUUCAAUUGAUAGAACCAACCCGACUUCUUGUUCGAGCUCAAGUGUAAAAAAAACACAAGGGAAUCGGAAAGGUUUUCAAUACCAGGCCACCAAUUGAAUCGUUGAGUAUUAUAAAAUAGCAAAACCGGUGUGCUUUUCUACACUUUAUAAAACUGAAGGAAUUGGUGUUAAAAACAAUUUUAUUUUUUGUUUAUUAGUAUGUCGUUAUGAAUUGGAAUUUCAACACCUUUAAAACCCUCUUUAAACGAAAGCUGCUUCUAAUAGUUCGAAUAGUAAUUGCAGAUUGGCUCUUAUUCUGAAAUAAUGACUUUACUUUAUUGGCUUCAUUAGAUUUCUAAUUAUGCCGAAAAAUAUAUGUGAAAGCCUUCAUCCUCCUUCCCGCCGUCCCUUCUGAAAGAAAGAAUCAACAACACAUUUCUUGUACCCCAAUAAAUUAAACUUUUUGAGUGCCUGAUUUGGUACGCUGUGACACCAAUUAAAGUAAUUUUUGGUUCUAUUCGAACUUAAUUUUGCAUCUUUCCUUUCCCUAAAGCUGAUAUAAUAAUAAAAAUACAAUGGUGAUGCAUACAUUCAGGGGUAAAACCCGCGUGUGAGUAAGGCAUUAGAUAGCGCACCUUGCUGUUUAAUUCGGACGCUAGUAGUUCCGCUCAAGAUCAAAGAUGCUUCCAAUUAAGAUAAUACAUUUUCCUUUUAAAAACUACGCCAUUAUUUGAUAUUUGAGAAACUUGUUUGAAAACCCCGAAUAAUGCUUUUUUUAAAUGAGUUUUUACCAUUUUAUUCAUUAAGAAUCCGUUUACAACGGUCAAGGGUGACAGAAAUUGACGUUCAAAGUCAGCGUAGAUUGGUGAAAAUUGCAGUAGAAAUGCGUAUGUUUUUAAAUCUUCAUUAUUUCAUUUAAUAAAUUUUAGCAAAAAUGACAAUGCUUGACUGAAUAGAUCUUGAAAAAGUGUUUUUCAACAUUUCGAUAAGAUUCAUAAACAAUCAUAGCCUAGAUCUAAGGAAAAGUAAAUGGUUCCGGACAAGAUCAGAUUUCGACUAGUUCCGAUCAAGAUCAUUUACCCUAGUCAAUGUCAGGAAAAGAAUAUCAUAGUCGUCUACGAAUUGAAUGACCAAGCAACAAACUCCGUCAGGUAGCAACGUCAAUGUUAUAUGACAUACUUCUGACUAUACUUCAUUCGCAUCACGCACGAGGUCAUCUUUUUUAUAUCAUUUUGUGGUUGUGUUGGGAAGGCUUUUACAUUAUUUGUUGACCGACAGUUGCAAAAAUGUAAUCUUCGGCAGAGAGAAGGAAAAGUCGCAGCAAUCCAGAUUUUGAUCAUCUGGUCAUGACAUUGCAAUCGAAUUUCGCUGACCAAAAUUUAGUAUCGCAUGACAUAGAACUGCAAAACAGUAUCAAAGUCGACUGAAAUUUGGUGUCUGAAAGUGUGGCAGUAGACUGAGUCGAUUUGGGGUAAUUUUUGAAUUUCUCAAACCCUGGGGCCUAAAAAGCUUCGUUUAGGUUCAAAACUCAUCCAUGAGUUUUUGUAGAAUUUUUAAGCAACGUUCACAUGAGUAAAUUUGAACUUUUAGGUUUCCAUGGGGAAACGUGGGCCACUUUUAAUAACUCAGAUGUGUGUUGAGAUAAAAAUCUCAAACCCACUGUCAUCGUCGUCGCUUUGCGUGAGCAUAUAUUCCUAUAUGUUGUUGACUGAAAUACGCAUCAUAUGCUUCUUUUAUUUAUCAAGAUAAAAAAAGUUUAAAAAAUUUACUUACAUAAUUAAAAAAACACCCGCUAUUUUCAUCGAUGGGGAACCUAAAGUGCAUAACAAAAAUAUGUUCAUACGCUAAUGAUCUUAGUUUUUGCAUGAUCUUUCACGUGGAAAAGGAAUUUUUGAUGAAACAUCAAUAAGUCACACAAACGCAACUAAUUGGCAAAUCAUAACUUGUGAGGAAUCCUGGGCCACACAUUUUGAACUACCUAUAUUUUAUGUUUUUAUACAUUUUCGGAACUUAAAACACGUUCUUCCUAUCUGUAAAGUUUUCUUAUGCCAAAAUGAAGAGUUAUGAAAAUUAUUUUGUCCAUCUAUAUAAAAAGUUUUGCCAAAACGUUCGCGAGCCAGGUUUUGGAAUCUAUGCGAUCAUACACAGCUCUCUUUUUUAUUUCAUCAUCUGAAAUUGCUUUGAAAUAACGAAAUGAAUUAGGAAAUCACAGUUUUGGGUAAACUCAUAAACUUUGCAUGUUAUUUGGUCAAUUUGGAUUUGGUGGCCCACGUUUAAAAGUGCGGACUUGUCAUCAAAAUUAUACAAUUAAUCCGAUUUGGUUGGAGUCCGACUGAAGACUGUCUGAACCCGUUUAUUUGGUUUCUCUUUGUUCUUAUACUAACUUAACUCUACACACAUAAUUCUUAACUCUACAUUGACAUUUAUUUUGAGGAGGAGCCUGGAGUUACAUAAGGCGCUUCAAGAAUAUAUAUUCAGAUCGAUGCGUAAGCGAAGUUAACAAUCGACCACUUGUGUUAUGGUUUCGUUGCGCUGACGCAUCGAUGCACCGAGUCACAAACAGAACGAUCAUAUUACGCUACGCACUUAACGAAAAUAUGAAAGAGUGUUUCGGUUUUUUUCUUCUAUACGUGACGAUGACAUGGGUCAACGUCUCUAGUCGAUUAUGAGGACUAGCUUCAGCAAUAAACCGAAUAUUUGAAUAAUAUAUGAGAAUUAUGACUUGAGAUUUAAGCUGUAACAUAAAACUGUUGAGUAUUUAAUUUAUGACAGUUUAUGCUUCAAAUUAUAUGCUACACACGAUUCUCCACCAUUUUUCAAAAUCCAAAAAAUAUUGCUUUUUUUUUAAACAGUCAGAGUUUGGGGAAAAUAACUUAUUAAACAUUUAAAAACAAUAUCUUAUGAUACCUUGAAAAUGUAGAAAACCAUACCAUUUUUUAUUUUCAUUUUAUCUUUUAUAAUAAAGAAGUUAUAAAACAACGAAAAAAAGUGGCCCAUGAUUCCCCACUCUCCCAUACUGAAAAAUCAACAUCAUUUUUGUUUUUCUUGUAGAACCGAGCCUCCUAAUGGUUUUUGUGCCUAAAGGAAAUUUUCCGCUGAACAACUUUGUCGAAGACCGUAAAUUCGUACCUUAUUAGACAAAAAAAGUUAUUAGCUGUUUAACAGGGGUGUGUCUUUUCGCAUUGAUGAAUGAUAAAUUCAAUUGACAUCACUGCAGGGUGCCUAGCGAGGUAUUGCAUGACUUCUAUUCAUGCAAUACUUUACCAGGCUUGAGCAGUGAUGUCAAUUGAAUUUAUUGUUUAUCAAUGCGAAAAGACAUACCUCUGUUGAACAUCUUAUAACUUUUUUAUCCAAUAUGAUACGAAGUUACAGUCUUCGACAAAGUUGUUCAGCGGAAAAUUUCCUUAAGAGAUUUUAUAAAUUGGCACAAAAACCAUCAGAAGGCUCGGUUCCUCAAGAAAAACAAAAAUUAUGCUGAUUUUUCAGUACAUAAUAUUCAAUUUUCCCAUAAAAACCUAAAAGUUCAAAUUUACUCAUGUAAACGUUACUCAAAAAUUCUACAAAACAUCAUGGAUGAGUUUUGGACCAAGACGAAGCUUUUUUGACCCCUGGGUUUGAGAAAUUCAAAAAUGACCCCAAAUCGACUCAGUCUACUGUGACAGCUCUGCUUUCAGGAUGUACAAAUAAGGCGUUGAAUAUCGCCCAGCUUGUUUAAUUCUUAUCGCUUAACCCAAAAGUUAAAAAUAUGUAUGUAUAUGCCUCCACUUAAGUAGUUAAUUGCUGUUUUUUCAAGUUUUAUGCGAUGAUUUUAUAAUGCAUAUGAAACGCAUACUAAAGUUUGUUGAGAAAACCACCUUCAAAAAUGUUUGUUGGGUGGUGAACUGGCAGCAAAACACAGACUUCCAACAAUCUAGUACUUUAUUUUCCUUUGUCGGAAGUCGGAAGCCCGGACUAACGAAGUAAAAUAAGGUGCUGGCACGAUAAUACCUAUUAGCUGCAAGCUCGCACUCAUCCGAAAAGGAAACAUUAAAAUCACCUGGAUUUUCACGUAGGCCCUCGCUACGUGAAUUUUUGCUUGGUUUACCUGAAGCACCUAGAAGCUAACAUGAAAUCACAUAAUCCUUACGUGAAAUUCCUGUAGUUGUCAUGCUUUCAAAACAAAGACACGUUCGAUUUACGUGAAAAUCCAGUGAACCGCCGAUCACAAACGGGUUUGUUAAAUUUUAUGUGAUGUUCACGUAGCUCUUAACGGCUCGAUUACGUGAAAUCAUUGUGAAAGAAAAAAGGUAACCAAUAUGGCGCGCGUGAAUCCAAGAUCUAUUGGCUGCCAAAAGAGAAGUUUUUUUUUGUGACGGAGAAGCUGUAAUUUCGUAAGUAUAGUAAAAAUAUCACUGUUUGACUGUUAUUUACAUAAUUUGCCAUUUCAACAGGAUGCGGAAUUGGAGCAGCUGGGACGAUCAGCCAACCGCUAUAUGGAGCCAAAUUGAAUACAAUUUUUCGAAGACGUUGUGAAGUGAGUAGUGAAAUAUAUAAUAAGUGCAGUAAAAUUGUAAAUAGUUAAGUGUAACAAAAUAAAUAUUGUGAUGUGUUAUUAUUUCAGCUGAAUAAAAUCUUUUCUCCGAAUUAAUUAUUUUUUAUUGCAUUGAUGUGAAAUACAAAACAAUACGUUCAUAUUUUAAUAAAAUCUACGUGAAAAGUAUGCAGUGGAUCGAAUCCUUAUUCACUUCCGAUCUACAUUAUUUUCACGUACGCUUCACCUACAACUCAUAUGAAAAUUACGUGAAUAUUGCUUGCUGUUCGACUUCUGUUUGCUACCUGAAAUUCACGUAGGUUUCACGUGAUUUUCAUGGUGGCAAAAAUCUAUGUACAUUUUCACGUAGCGUUCAUGUGAAAAGUUUUUUCGGUGCGUCAAUGUUUUUUUUUUAUUUUCCCUCAAAUAACGGAUCGUCUUGUUUGUAGGCGUCGGAUGCCUGCCAAAUUAUUCUACGAUAAUCACGCAGGAUUUAAACGCUACACUUUCAGCGUGCUCUUUAGGUGUGUGUCAACCAGUGGUUGUAUUUGGAUGAGAAUGAAUUGAUCAACCUUCUCUCGCUCAACGCUUUACUCGGAAGCAAAGGUUGCUUUGAGGCAGCGAAAACGUCAAAACCGAUGAUGCAUACGCUCUCAACAUGGCCCGCCUUCACGAAGCAAUAUACAUUCGAGGCAGCGAAUACAAAAAAACCAAACGAAUGGCUCUCACUCAUCUCCUGUUACAUUCUUGAGGAAACCGAAUUCAAAAGGCACAGCAAACCCGAGUCUCCUCGUUUGUGCGUGGAUCGAAUGCGUGAGGUUUUUCUGCUAUUGCUAUUAUUGCACAGCAACCGCACGCAGGCAGCUAGUGUUUUCGUUUCUU